AUGAGUGACAACAAAGCAGCCAAGAGUCCUGAUUCAAUUAAGAUUCAGAGUCCAGACAAUGAAUAUAAAAAGAAAUUAAACAGAAUUAAAUCGAAAAUAUGCUAUUACAAAAAGAAGCCGCAAUGCGGCGGGGCUGAUGCCCAUAAAACUAAAGGAACUGAAAACGAUAAAGAGAGGAAAGAAAUAAUCGAAAAAUUAGAAACUUACCGUUCAAUCCUUAAACUGAGUGAAGCAAAAUAA